AUGGCCCUGGUAUCGGGCCCAGGCAGGGCUGGAGGUGCCUCGCUGGACCAGGAAUUACACAUCUUGAAACACGUCGCUUACAUCAAGAACCUGGACACUAGGAAAGAGGAGCUGGAAUAUUGGCUGACCGAACAUCUGCGACUAAAUGGUGUCUAUUGGGGUUUGACAGCCUUACAUCUCCUCGGUCACCCUGAUGCUUUAUCCCGAGAUGAAACCAUUGAUUUUGUUCUCUCAUGUCAAAAAGACAACGGAGGAUUCGGUGCUGCCCCCGACCAUGACCCUCACAUGCUGUACACUGUCUCUGCAGUCCAGAUCCUGGUCAUGAUUGAUGCAGUGGAUGAGCUAGAGAAAAGAGGCCGAGGGGGCAAGCAGAAAGUCGCCUCUUUCAUUGCGAGCCUACAGAAUCGCGAGGAUGGCUCUUUCAUGGGAGACCAGUGGGGAGAGACUGAUACUCGAUUCCUCUACGGUGCUUUCAAUGCUCUGUCACUCCUGGGUCUCAUGGAUCUUAUUGAUGUCACCAAGGCGGUCGCUUACGUUCAGAGCUGUGAGAACCUGGACGGGGCUUAUGGCCUCUUUCCUGGCGCGGAGUCUCACUCAGGACAAGUGUUCACCUGCAUUGGUGCUCUCUCUAUCGCCGGACGCUUGGAUCUAGUGAAUAAGGACCGCCUGGGUGCCUGGCUGAGCGAACGCCAAAUCGACAAAGGCGGCUUUAAUGGGCGACCUGAAAAACUUCCCGACUCUUGCUAUACCUGGUGGGUCGGAUCAAGUCUAGCUAUGAUUGACCGACUUCACUGGAUUGAUGGAAAGAAGCUUGCUGGAUUUGUUCUUCAAUGUCAGGAUACUGAAGGAGGUGGGUUUGCCGACCGACCUGGAAACAUGGUUGAUGUAUACCAUACCCAUUUUGGUUUGGCAGGCUUGAGUCUCCUUGGCGUUGAAGGCCUGCAGGAAAUUGACCCUGUAUACUGCCUGCCAAAAUCUGUCAUUACUCGAUGCUUGGCAAAUUGA